CAAAGUGUGAUCAUCGUUAUAGUCAGCGUACGACGACGCAAAGUGCAUGUUUUUAUCAUGAUGGUUGGUACUUUUGCUCUUCGUCGCUUCGUCUCUCGUCGAGACGCCGUCGUAGCGGCGUAGAUAAAGCACGUAGCCGAUCGGUGAUUGGGUAUAUAACAGCGCCGUUCGCAUAGAGCAUGUUCAUUCGAAUUCAGAGCUCAGUGGUGACUUGUUCGUGGCGUUUUUUUGACCCGGACGAACUUUUACGUUAUUUACGCGUUGUUCAUGAUUUGUUUAGGCGUUUGUUUUGAUUUGUUCAUGCGCCAUUGUUUAUAAUGGAAAUGGAAGACUUUUUAUCCGAUGUUUUGGUCUUCGAUCUAUUCCCAAAAGAAAAUCAAAACACAUCGAACAACAACAACAUAUAUCUGAAUUACAUCGGUCUCAACGAUACCAAUAACAAGGAAAAUCUAAACGGACCGUUGCAGCAGCAUCAGAUCGAUUCCGUAAAACACCACAAUUCGCUCGAUUGCAGAGGUUACUACAAUACUUUUUCUUCAUCCGACGUAUUUGAUGGAUCAACAACACCAAUCGCGGCACUCACAGAAGUUAGCCGUAUGGAUCUCAAUGCGUCGUCGACACCGGUGCUAAACCAUCAGUCAUCGCCGUAUCAAAAUCAACAACAGGUACAACAAUAUUUAUAUCAACAACAGCAACAAGUAAAAUCACCAGCACCGUUGUCAUCGUCAUCAGUAUUACAACAGUCUGCAGGGAUACGGCAGUUAACAACACCACAGUAUUUAGUUCCGCAUUUUUCACCUUUAGUAUUACAGGAGCGACAAUCACAUACGCCAUUACCACCCGUACCACAACUGCCAAUACAAUUGCCGAUAUUAUCACCGACUGUUGUUGUCGAUAGCGUUGGGGCCAAUGUCGAAGUAGGCACGACAUCAACGACCGGCGGUUCUUGUACUCCUGAUUUUCAACAGCAGCCAACAUCACCGCCGUCAUCACAACGAUCACUGACUUCUGAAUCUGUAAGUAAUAAAAGAAGCCACGAAAUAGCGAAUGAUGGUCAGAACAAUGACGACUCGUGUAGUAAAAAACAAAAAUUAGACGAUUGCGGUGAGAAUAAUACGAGAAUAUUCGAGGACGACGAGGAAGAGGAAAAACUUGAAGAACCCAACGACAAGUAUGAUGAUAAUAAUGAUGAUGAUGAAGAUGAUGAUGACGAAUUCGUCCCUACUGAAAAGGAGAUCAUUCAAGCUAAAAAGGAGGAGGAAUCCGCCGUCGUAGCGAUCCCACACGACACCGAACAACUGGAUACUUAUCCGUUAGAGUCAAAAUCAAAGUACGUUAUUAAAUAUUCACAGCGUAUGAAUAAGUUAUUAUCAAAUACCUAUGACAUAUCGAUCAGCCUCACGCGUAAAAUACUCUCGCGCAAUGAACCGACUGAAUUCGAGUUGAAUUACAUGAAUACCAUAAAAUACACAAUACCCAGAGAAAAAUGUGCCUUCGCGUUUAUAAACCCAUCAUGUACUAUCGCGGAUACGGGUAUAAACAAUGAUGACACAUAUAAAGUGAUUUCUCAAAAACUAAUAGACAACAUGCAAUUAGAACAGCCGAUUCAUCGCGAAUUGGAUAAAUGUGAUUUAAUGCUCAGCACUUAUAAAAACGGAGACGACACCGUUGCUUUAAAAUCGGGUUCUGCUAGUUUUUUAAAACACGCGGAAAAUAACGUGUUCUGGUUUGAUAGUUACUCGGAAUCGUUUACCGAGGUAAAAUCGGUGUAUGAAGCUUGUUAUAAUGAGAGCAAUUCGGAAAAUAUGAUGAUUCAAGAUGUGUUUAGUUACGUCCAGGAGAAUUAUUCGAAAAAUAAUAACGUGAUUCGUGAGAAAACCGAAAAUAUAGCGAUAUCUAAGAACUUGGUGCGAAUAUAUCGAUCCGCUCUUUUGAACGAUGUCAUUCUCGGCAUAGUGAAGCAUGUUAAGUUCGCUCGCAACAGCGCCACAAACAGUUGCGGCGAUUUUACCACUUUUAAAUACGAUUGCGAAAACAUUAGAUGCGAACAGUUUAUAACUUUGGAGUCUUUCUUGUAUUUUUUACUUAGAUAUCGCGAUCCUAAAGCGCAAUUUGACAUUUACGAGGGAGAAUGGGUGUUUGUAUUGCGUUCCUAUUGGGACAUAUGCACUCAAGAUUUGAAAAAUUAUAACGAAAAUAAAAACAGACGUGAAGAGAAAUCUAUACUGGGCUACGUCAUGCGCAAAAUAUACUCAUCUAUAUUGAGGGAAGAUGUAAGCACCGAAAAGGACUUUCGACUCUUGGUAGCGAGCAAUGCUAUAAGAAAGUUAAAAUGCCGAGACAAGACGACUGUGCCAUUAGAAUUUCUAGAAUAUAUCAAACAUUAUAUAUCCUUACUGAUUAACAAUAUAAAUUCUAAGUUACAAAUGAUGUGGUCGUCUACAUUUAAGAAAAUGGGAAUUCAUCACGCGAAUUUUGUACACACUUUUGUCGAAGUGAUGAAACGUCGUAAAUUUAUGUUGGCGUUUGCUCUGCGAUGCGUAUAUCAAAAACCAUUGCCGAUCGUCCCGGAAAAGACUGUGAAUCUCGAUCAAUAUAUUAAAUAUUGGUCGUUCCGCAAUGACAUGAAUCACGUCAAAGUGUUGAAAAAUAAAAAUAUCAGUGUUCCCGAAAAACUCACUAGUCGUUUUCGUGCGAUCAACAAUGGCUGCGGUAUAGACAAGAUACAAAUCAAUUAUAUUUUGAAUUCCAUAUUCGACAAAGAGACUGACAUAUCAGAUCGACUACAAUACGAAUUUGAAAAUUUUUAUCAAUUUUUCGUAGAAAUGUUUGCCGAGUAUAUUUACAAUAUCAAAGCCUCCGAAAAGAUUAGCGAUCACUUGUCGAUCGAGUUUUUUAACGGUAAGAUGAGUCCAAUUAAAAAGAUAUUUUUACAUGUUAAUUGCGUGACUUGUAUAUACGUUACAUUCACGAUGAGCGCGCUCAUUACGGACAACAUCAAGCGAUGUCUCAAAGAAAUAUCGCCCAACGGACACUAUGAAAAUUUAAAGUUUUCUAAAGCGGUUGUGAGUAAGUUUUUCGCCAUGAUCAAUGAGAAUUUGACUUACGCUUUAUACCCAGUACUCGUACAGUAUGGGAAAAAUCAUGUAGAUAAGUUUUCCAUGAACGCCAUGUUGAUAAAUUGUUUUGAUAGUUAUCGUGAUACUGUUAUAAAUUGUUUCGGUAUCGGUAAUAUUCGGUUUGGCUGGUACGUCGAAUCAAUGUCUAAUUUGGAUAUUGAUUAUUCGCCAAAAGUUAUAGAGGCGUUUACAGAUGCGGAAAAUUUGUGGAGUUUUAUAAACGCUCUGUCGGUAUUAGACUAUGAUGAUGUGGCCUAUACAAAAGAAGACAGAACCAUCAUGGACGUGGACGAAGAGUUGGAAGAAAGCGACGAUCAGCGGAAACUAUUGAACGAUCGUGUGGACAAUUUAGUUCCAAUUUUGACAAAAACCGGUGAAAAUAAUUAUUUAAAACAAGAAAUAACGGCUUGCACUGGAGUAUUGGAUGUUUUUAGUGAUGAUGGUAGCGUAUACAGUUAUGAAGAGUCGAUAUUCUGCAGUGAUGAUUACGAUUCGGACGUUUGCGUCGAAACGGACGAAGAGUCUGAAAUCGAUACAAGUAGCGACAGCAGCGGUGACGAAGACUACGACGACGGAUGUUCUAGCGAUAGAUUUGACGAGAGAAUUCGUAAAGCUAAGUUAAAGAAAACGAGAAAAUUAUUUAUUGAUAAUUUAAAAGAAAAUGGCAUGCAAGUGGAUUCUCUAAUAACAGCGGUAAAUCCCAAUGUACCAAAUGACUAUAGUGAUGAUGAUGAUAUCAACACUGAUCAAGAAAUUAUUAUUUACCAAACGGAAAAUAAGAAGAAGAAAUUAAAAAAGAAAAAAACACCGGUCGCGAAAAAAAUAGAUUCCAUUCGUGAUGUCGAUUUGUUGAAAAAUUCUAAGAGCGGUAGCUGCAGCGACGCUAGCUGCAGGAAUAGCAGUGAUGAUGACUAUGACGACAACACCAUCGCCGGUUGCAAGAAAAAAGAUUCUGGUUGUAGCAGCGGUAAUCACAGUAGCGAUGAUGAUAGCAGUAGUAGCAGUAGCAGCAGCGGCAGUGGUAGUGGUAGUAGCAGUAGCAGCAGCUGCAGCAGUAGUAGGAGUGAUAGUGAUAACGAUGAUAAAACUACUACAAAAUCACCGUCGGCAUCGGCGAAAGUAUCAAAUACACCAAGCAUCAUUAAGCCCACGAUAACGACGACGAUGACUACAACAUCAAAGACUCCAAAGAUAAAAUCAAUCGUAAAGUCAAAUAUACCUCUACAGAGAUUUAUUCGACCACCCAAUAAACCAUUAUUAUUUAUUAAUGGUAAACGUAUGCCGGGUAAAAAUCUGUCCGACGACGACGAUGAUGAUGACUACGACAACGGUGUUUCAAACAAUUUAACUUAUAACGAUGAAUUGCCGCAAAAUACCGAUACUGCUGAUAGAUCCACCGUACAAGUGUUAAAACCAAAACCAAAACCUAAAAAAUCAAAGACAGCGCCAACAACUGCGGCGACGAUGACGGAGACGGCGGCGGUGAAAACAGACAAGAGGAAAUAUGUAAGGAAAAGUGUUGCUGGCGGCACUAUAUGUCGUAGGAAAGAUUACCCUCAUUACCCUGAUGUGAUAUACCCGUCGACAUUAAAUAAAGCCAGUUGUUGUGUUUUAAAGAAUAAUUAUGAUUAUAGAACGAUGAGCGUAGACGAGUGUAUCAAACAGUAUCUACCGGAAUUAAAAGAGUUUUACGAUAGACAAAUAUUAAAGGAUAAAAAUAAUAAAUUUUUCAAUACCAAGGCUUACCCGGAGAGCUUCGGUUUGAUACUCAUGCCGAGCGAUUAUUUUAAAAAUUACGACAGAGAUCCGGAAAACUUUAAAGAUAAAUAUUACGCUUCUUAUGAUGACGAAGAUGGCAUUAAAAAGCGAUUAUUUAUGAUACAAUUAAAGAGUGCCAUUGAAAAUGGUAAGACAUCCAAGAAUUGCGUUUUGUGUCAUAAAGAAAACAGAACGAGUUUUAAUAUGAUUGUUACCAAAGAAUGCGUUAUUACUGCAUGUUUUUAUUGUGUACACUUUUUAAAUUUACACAUUAUAUACAAUAUAAAAACUUAUGAAGAUGUUAGAAAACAAUUGUACACCAGAGUCAAAAAAAGAUAUGGUCGCAUUCGUCCGGGUAGUAUGAAGAAUUAUCCUCUGAUGUUUGACAAACAGUAUAAUUAUAUAGAAAGCAUGCCUAAACGUACCGAUGCUUCUCAAAUUAAUAUGCGUACUUAUAACAAGCGUAAGAAAAAUUACAGGAUUAACUUGAAAAAAGAAGAAGCCAUACGUCUUCUCAAUAUGGAGUGAUGAAUUGUUCCCUACUAUGUGUGUGUAUUAUUCUUAUGCUUUUCCUAUUUAUCCAUUCCAAUUUUAUGCAAAUUUAUCCAAUCAUUAUUUUUUAUGCUCAAUUAUAUUGUACUCUUAUAUACACU